UUUAUUAUUUUCAGUUUUUCCGAGAUUUUCCCGAAUUCGCAACUUUUCAACAUCUCGUUCUAUUUUAAGACGAAUGAGUGAUAAGACUCUUAAUUAUUAACUAGAUCUAUUACUAAUGUUGUUUGACAUGGAGUUUUUGAACUCGGCAUGAGUCCCACUUUAUGAAUUAUUGUGAAAAGGUUCGGUUUCCGGGACUGCUAUAAUUUAAGAAUAUGCAAUGGAACUGCAAGUGUUGGAAAGGGCGAUGGCUUUGCGUGCUUUUAAUGUUGGUGUUGUGCCCUCUCAUAUUGUGCCAGAAAAUCGGUGACCCAUAUCAAAUACUGGGUAUACAUCGUCGAGCAACAUUGCCUGAAAUACGCAAGGCGUAUAGGCAAUUGGCGAAAGAAUGGCACCCAGACAAGAAUGAGGAUACAAAUGCUGAAUCUCGGUUUGUUGAGAUCAAGCAAGCAUAUGAACUGCUAUCAGACGCAGAGCGCAGACAGGCAUACGAUUUAUAUGGCAUCACCAAUGAAGAUGACCAUAUGUACAAGCAAAGACAUGACUACAGUCAGUAUGCAAGGUUUAGCAAUGAUCCAUUUGAUUUCUUCAGUGCCCAUUUUCGUUCACAAGACCAAGAUAUAACAUUGUUCCACAAAUUGUCUGUUACUACCAGACAUUUUGAAAACAAUAUACUCGAAAAGAGUGUCAACACACCAGCUCUGGUGCUGUUCUAUACAGACUGGUGCUUUGACUGUGUCCGAUCGGCGUCUUCGUGGAGAAAACUGGUAGAAGCCCUUCAGCCACUGGGAGUAACCCUGGCGACAGUCCAUGCCGGCCAUGAAGCCAGCUUAGCAAGAAGACUUGGGGUACAUGGAGUACCUUGUCUGACAUUUGUAUUGGAUAAACAGAUCUAUAUUUAUAAGGACAGUUUAACAUCAUUGCCAAAGGUGUUAGAAUACAUACGUUGGAAGUUCCCAUACAGACUGAUACAUAAUUUGAACGAUGGCAACGCGGACGCAUUUUUGAACGACUUCGAGGACAAUAAAGUGAAAGCUCUGAUAUUUGAGGAAAGACAUUUGAUUAGACUGCGAUAUCUGAUCACCGCUUUUCAUUAUAGGGACUGGGUGUCGUUUGCUUUCGUCGACAUAUCAGCCCAGAACACACAAAACCUAACUGCUAGAUACAAAGUGCAGAGGAAUAUGGAUACAAUGGUUUUAUUAAAGGAAGAUUCAUCUGAAGCCGCCGCCACAGUCAGCACCACAGAGAUAGCGACACAGACUCUCACACAACUCAUAGAAGCUAAUCAGAUAUUGACCUUGCCUCGACUCUCUUCUCAGAGCGUUCUAGACACGGUAUGUCCAGUGGAGUGGCGUGCCGCCCGGCGUCGUCUGUGUUGCGUUAUAAUAACACGUGACUCGCACGUGCUACGAGACCUACGUCCGCUCGCCAAGCGUGCGCCCGAGCGACUGAGAUACGCGUACUUGUAUGCGCAUAAGCAACCGGAAUUUGUUACUGCAUUGGCCAAUGUUUCCGGUAUAGACCUCUCGUCAAUAGAACACCGCAUUGUGGUAAUAUGGCGGCGUGAAGCGACGAGAGUUCAAUUUGAGUGGUUAAACGAAUCUUGGCCGAGUUGUGCCAGGUGUGAUGAUGACCCGACAUACCAACAGAGGCUUAAUGAGACCACGAGAGCGUUGGAACAGCUGGUCAAGAGGCUGCUCAAACCCAAUGAAGUGGUGGCUUAUGAAGCUAGAGUACAAGAAUUACUAGACGAAGCGGCGAAAAGUGCGAUAUGGCGAGCAUUCCUCAAAGUAGGGGAGUGGAGCGAACGGACAAUUCUCGCCUUGAGGACUCAGCACGCGAUAUCAGCCAUAUCCGUACUAGCCACUGUCGUGUUGGUACUUGCCAUUGGAUAUUUGAUGGCGUAUCUUAUUCGCGUAGAAGAAGAGUCUGUACAACGUCAAAAACAGGAGAGACGCGACCAAAAUGGCGGCAAAAAGGAAACAAAACCAGAGAUGAGAAUGCACGAACUCAGAGCUGAGAAGUAUAAUGGACUUGUCAGACUACAGAAGCCGGGUUGCCGGACGAUUGUCUUGUUGGUGGACAUGCAAAGUCGUGUGCAGCUCUUGUCCAAAUUUCAUAAAAUCGUUUGGCCUUAUCGCAAGAACAAAACGCUAGUGUUCGCGUAUCUGUGCGUGGAGCGGGGCGUGGAAUGGUUCAGGCGGGUGUUGGAGCUGUCCCUCGGCGGAGGUGCUUUGAGGGUGAAUGCUCGCAACUGCGUGGGAACAGUCCUGGCUCUGAACCCUCACAGGAAGUACUUCUGUAUCUACCACGCGAAACAUCCGGAGUGUGCUAAGCCACAUAAGCGAAUGAGUCGUAUGACCCGUUCCCUUGGCGGUGGCGACAUCGACCCGGAGGCCGGGGCCUUCAUUGGAUUCACAACUGACCCGGAUUCCUCUGAUGAAGACUCCUACGACCCGCCCGUACUCUUGCAAGAAAAUCUCCUCGAUGGUCUGGAGAAUUGGUUGGAUCGUCUCUUCGAAGGCAGCACACAUCGGUACUACAUCAACUAUUGGCCUGACAUGACAACCAAGUGAGACCUCUUUAGUUUUAGUUCUCUUUGGUAUUUUUGUUUACCACGAAGGUGGCAUAAACUUUUUGCUGUCUUUUCGUGUUGGUUUGAAUUUCGAACGGCUGAAAAGUCACGCCAUUUGUUUUGGUGAAUUUUUGUGUUUAUAUGUGGUUUAGAUUUGGGAAGUUUUUAAGCUCUUUUACGUGGUUUUUUCUCACUUAGACCUUGUUAUUUUUUUAAACAGACAGUAAUUAAACCAAAAAUAUAUUUCCGAUUACUGUCUGAAGGCUUCUAGCCUGGUUAUUACUGCCCAAGAAUUUGACCAGUUAGAUAGAGGUAGUGUGUUUAAGUCUAUUGUUUGGAGGUUAUCUGUGGACAAAAUUUUGAGCAUAUUUGCUGGCCCCAAUAUUUUAAAAUAUGUAAUGUGGGAAUAGACAAUGCAAAGUAAUGACUUUGAAAUUCAUGUUGACAUAGGAUUGACAGUUAAUUUUUUUUCUUGACGUAACAACUGUUUUAACUAUAAUUUUAUUACAAAGUUAUCCAUUGUCUAUUCUCUACGAAUUGUGGUAUUAUAAGGAUCAAAUGUAAUGGAAUUAGUGCCUAUCACAAUAGUACUGAUAGUCGCACAUAGAUGGUUAGUUUUAAUUCUAAUAUCUAAAGGACUAUUUAUUGCUAAAGUUUAAUUUAUGUAUAACGAACAUUUUAGCUUUGGUCGGACACGUUUUUCAGGAUUUUAGUAGUUUUAUGUCGGUUUUAGCAGUCUAUAGUAGAAUGCCAAUAUUGUGAGUCUAUAGUGAUAAUUUGUCAUUUUUAUAUAAUUUUGAAAAUCCCAGGGGAUUGCGACAGUCACUUUUCGACACUUUUUACAGGCUUGAGACAAAUUACUCGAAAGUACAUUAGCUCACGCUUUGUCACGUGGCCGUUUUCAUGACACGCCACGUAGCGUUAGUGGGUUACAACUAUCGAAAAGGGAUUUUAUCUCAAGUCCCUGCGACAAUAUAACUGCAUUACGUAGCGCAAGUGUGCGAGCUAAAAUGUGACAUAGUUAUUUGAAUUCUACAAAUUAGGUUUGCCAAAACAAAACUUUGAAGUAUUUGCGUUAGUUCUAGUCAACUAUUUUUUUAAUGACUAGCUUGUAAAUAAGGCUCUCUUCAAUAUCUCACAAUAGCUAGUAAUAUAUACAGUAUUAUACUCUGGCACUGUAGACAAUAACGCCCGUAUUUUUUAACGUAAUUCGAAUCAAAACUCCAAGGCUGUCAAUUGGCAGUUCUUGAAAGUAGAGUUUGAUUAAUGCGGGCCUAAAUUUGGUAGGCGCAAUUUCUAACAUAUUUAUUUGAUUAAUUUAAUGAACCAUCAAUGCUGAUACACAAUUAUACUCUGAUUUUUAAUGCCGUAGAAUUCUGACAGCUAUCAUUUUUUGACAUGUCAGAGAUGGCAAACCUUUUUGGCCGGGUACAUAUUUCAAUACGAGUCUGAACAUCUGAGUCUAUACAUACAUUUUAUUGUUAGUUAAUGUUUCCAUUUUAUUAAGUGCGGUGCUCCACAUUAAAAGUGCUUUAACGGUUCAUCACAAACAGUAAAAAAACGCUCAAGUAAAGAUAGCAUUUUUUUCUUUUUUAAAGGUUUACUAAACCUGAAAUUAGUAGGCAGUGAUGCCAGCUAAAGAAUAAAAUAAAGUUAAUUCGAUAUAUUGUUCGUGAUAUUGAAAUAUUUGUUAUUUUUGUAUGUCAGAAUUCUACGGAAUAAAAAAUCAGAGCAUAGAAUUUAUUUAUUUUUAAAUAAUGUUCUGACAUAAGAAUGCAUUGUUAUCUGUGUAAUUCAUUAUCGUGACUAGGAAGCAAAUAUGUAUUCCGCGUUUGUUCAACUGUGCCUACCAAAUUUAAUAUUUCUUAGUAUUCGAAUUUACAAUUAAUAUAUUCUAUCUCUAACGUUUUAAAAUAAGUAGUAAAAUAAAACAGUGCCUACACUUUAAUAUUAAAAGUCACAUUUUCUGCUGAAUAUUACCAUUAUUAUUGUAAUGUUUUGAUUCCUGGGAACACCAGUUGAAACUUAAAAAUAUGUAUUGGAAAGUUAAUGUGCUUUUUUGCUUAUGGUGUAUAAUAAUUUAAAAUGUAUCUGAAGACACAUUUGCAUAUAACAUUGCUCUUUACCGUUCUUUAAAUUCAAGGUUAGGUGAUGAUUUUUGGUUUCCUAACUUUGGUAUUUUACAUUUUCAACGUAAAUAGUUUAUGAUAUAAUGGUGUUUGUUAUAAACUCCAUAAUACUAUGCAUUACAAAAAAUUCAACUCUUAAAUGUAAUGAAGCAAUGAAUGUUAAAACAAGACGAAUUAUGCAUUACUUUAAAUUUUAAAAUAUUUACUUUUACUCCAUAUGAUACAAGAACAGGCGAUGCGUUAACCAUCGGAUCUUCUUAAGGGCUUUUUGGGCUGCAGCCCAGGGCCUCGUGUAUAAAAAGGGUCCCACGGCCGCCCCCACUGAAAGCAAUAGGCGAUAUUUUAAAACAUUCAAUUAUAAGGUUGGUAUCCCUGAGAUCAGUCAACCAAUGUGCGAUGCGCGUCUAUCAAACGGACCGGGAAUUCCCCGUCGCUUGUCGGUCGGUGUAAUUUUUCGCGCUUCCGUAUUUUUCGGGGGACUUCCCCGUGAUAACCCAGUGAGAUCCCCCACAAAUUCACGAUCCACCCAUGACGUUAACAUAAUAUAAUAUACAUAAUUUUCACUAUUUAUUACUCGUUCCUUUUUAAUGCGUAAGUAAAUACUUGUAGCUGGCUAUAUUUGUGGGUCGUACCUUCCACGAUAUUGAUAUUCUCCCUUAUAAUGUCUGGUAUAACUCCAUUAUUAUAUACAAUUAAAAAAACUUGAAUUUAAAGAUAUCUAAAGAGCAUUGAAAAUAGUGUUGAAUUUUCGAUUGGAACUGUGUUACAAUUUACCUAGUCAAGUUACGAAUAUGUUGUUAUUAGCUAUUAAGUAGUAUAAUUUGUGUGUAUUGGGAUUAAGUUGGGCGUGGCUUACAAAUAGCCUUCACUAAAAUAAUUAAGAUAAUAAAAAAGAUAUAUAAAAAUAAUAGCUUUUUUUCCGGUAUUGAAUUUAAUUAAAAUAAAUAUAUUCCAAUUGUUAAUUAUAUCUGCAAUGAAAGCUGUUAAAUCUUAGUCACGCCCUAAAAGUAAUUUUAAAUAAUAUACCAACAUGUUUCAAAUUUUCUGUUAAAUAUAAUCACAAAAAUGUAAUCCAUUUGUCGUUGUCAUGCAUUUUACAAUAUAAUUAAUAACAAAGCACUUUUAUGUACCUGAUACCUACAUCUUGCCAUACAAUUUAAUCUCAAAUAAUAUCAAGUAUAUCAAGAUUUUUUAUCUCUAUAUAAUCUAUCCUCUUACUGUUUUUAAUAAAAAAACUAGAAAUUAAUUUAUAAAUCAGGCGACAACAGCACUUUAAUUGAAUCUUUAUAAUAAUAGUAUAUACAAAUGUUCUAUUGAUGUAUUUGUUGAAAAAGACAGUGUAAAUGUGUUUUAUAUGUUAUCUACACUAAUUCUUAAUAUUCACUUUAAUCAAUAGAAUGGACUUGGCAAUACUCUUCUGACCACACCAAUAUUAGUUAUUCAUAAAUAAAUAGUGAAUAUUGAUUGUUACUCAUUUUUAUUACUGACUUAAAAAUCCAUUUGCGCAUUCCCUCCCCCCAAAUGUAGCAAGGCAAAUGUAAGUGUGGCAAUACCCACUAAUACAAUCCUCAGGAUGAUCUUACAAGGCUGUGUAAAGGAGGUUUUGGGGUUGCUAUUGUAUUUUACCUCAGUGGAAUAAAUAUCUCUCUGUCAUAACUCUACCUAGAAGGGCAUACCUUCUAUGUAGUAGUAUAUCUUUUCUCCAUAUCUCCUGAGGAAUCUAAAAAAGGUUAAGAGAUGUCUGAAAAAAUAAUUUCAUGAAUGCAUCAGCUUAUACAAUCAUAAAUUCAUUGCUCAGCUUUUUCUUUGUCAAUAUUCACACCUUUGUUUUAUUGCGAGUGUGUCAAUGUGUUACCAUGUUUGAGCUAAAAUUUACCAUGUUGGGUGUUUGUAUAUGGGUUGUUGUUAGCUUUUGUGUAUUACUAAAUUAUAUUGUUAAUUCUUUAAGAUACCUACUCCUAAAUUAUGUCUUUAUUCCAAUAUUGAUUUGUACAAUAAAGUAUAUUGUUCUCUCA